GAGUCGUUGGGAGAGAGAGAGAGAGAGAGAGAGGGGAGCGGGCGCGCGCCUCAGAACUCAACAGCUGCACAGUGAGGACUCGCCAAGUAGAACAAAUUUGAUUCUCACAUUCAAACAAUUGAAUAGGUGAGCUCGUCCUCCUCCGGCGACGUUCCCCCGGCGCUGUGUGUGGACAUGAAGAAACAACUCACACAAACAAACCUCGCUCACUGAAGUCAGUCGCUCGCACUGUCAGUGUCAUUAUUAAUCCGGAAAUCUCUCCCUUGGUAGGUAUUGUUUGGUGCCAAAAUUCUGGACGGUGUUUACAGCGUCGUUUUCCAACCCUCAGAGGAAAAUGCCGACUCACUCUAUGCUGCCGUUUGAGAGCCCAGAUGGCCUUGCCCAAGAUAUCCUUAUUAGUAACAAUGCAAGCAUCCCCGGGCCGGUCUCCAGCAUGACGCCACACACCUCCUACUCUGAGAAGGCUAUGUUGCAAUCAGGAGGAAGUGCAGCAGCAGUGCCUUGUAUGUUCUGUGAUCAGACUUUUACCCACCAGGAUGAGCUAGGACCCCACGUGUUAACACAGCACCCCACUACUUUCUUCGAACCGGCAGUUCUUCGAGUGGAAGCAGAGUUCAGGAUCCCAGGAGAGAGACCCCGGCCCAAACCGGGCAGCCUCCCUGUUGAGAAAGAGGUGAUUCACAGCUGCAUUGUGUGUGGUCAGGUUUCACAAGACGCCGGUGAGCUGGAGACCCACAUGAGGAAGCACAAGGACUACUUUACGUACUGCUGCAAUGUGUGCGGACGGCGGUUCAGAGAGCCGUGGUUCCUCAAGAAUCACAUGAAGAUGCAUGUCAGACCAGGAGUGAAGAGCAAGGCCCAGCAAGACCAGGAGACCCCCGGCACAAUUAACGGCAUCACCCAGGAACCGGCACCAGAAUCUGUAGUCACUGCUUACAAAAUGUGCAUGGUGUGUGGGUUUUUCUUCCCGGACCACGACAGUUUGGUGGAACACAGUAAAGUCCACAACCGAGAGAUGGAGCCGGGGAAAGAGAAAGAGAAGGAGAGCACAGAUGAAGAUACCGAAGCCCCUCAAAAACAGGAAACCUUUCUUCACAGUCUGGGAUUGAGGCCUCACUCUGUAGGAAAUGGUUUGCAACAUGUGAGAUCAUCCAAAUGGAUCCCCCAGCUGGAUCCCUUCAACACAUAUCAGGCCUGGCAACUCGCAACAAAGGGCAAGAUAGCAGUGGGUCCCAACACAGUGAAAGACCUCGGCCAGGAAGCAAGCACAGACAACGAAGAAUGCGGCUCUGAUAAGGAGGAGCUGAAUAAUAUCUGGACGGAAGGUCAAGGAGACAAAGCUACAAAAGAUGCGCUCGGGAGAGAGCUCCGGUCUCAGACGCCGGCUCCUGCAGAACACCCCCGGCCUCAGAGGAGGUCUCUGAUGCAAAAAGAUAAGCAUAAAGAAAGGCCAACUACUUGUGAGGAAUGUCAGAGAACCUUUAGGACCUACCACCAAUUAGUCCUCCACUCCAGGGUCCACAAACGCGAGAGGGGAGGAGAAGAGAGUCCGACUUCUUCGCUGGAGGGGAAGCUUUCGAGGGUGAACUCGCUGGAGAACACGGAGGAGGGCUCUGAGGAGGGAUUUGAGGAGGCUGCGAUGACAGAGAAUCUGAGUCCAGGUGAAGACGGUUAUGAUCGAUCAAAAGUCCGAUCUAAAGCAUGCAGCUACUGCGGCAAAUCAUUCCGAUCAAGCUAUUACCUCACAGUUCACCUGAGGACUCACACAGGUGAAAAACCAUUCAAGUGUGCUUACUGCGACUACGCCGCAGCCCAGAAGACUUCACUUAAAUAUCACCUGGACCGGCGCCACAAAGACAAACCUGGCAUGGAAAUCCCCAGCAGGCCCGCUCAGUUGCUGCCCUCUCCUAAUGACGGUAAACAUGGAGCCGAAAAAGCAGCUUCAAACAGAUCCAAACUCUGGGUCCCUGCAGCCAGGCCGAGCUCCGCUAGAACGCCAGAGGACAGAUUUGACAGCAAGCCGAGCAAACCGCUCAUCCAGAUGAAUGCUGAGUAUGAGAAAUUAAUUGCUAAGUCUGCUUACUCCCCGAUUGAUGAUGUGGUCGUAAAGCGCCCCGUACCUGUUAACCUGAAGAUGGAAAAGGAGGAGAUAAAAGAGGAGAACUCCGAGGCCCCAUUAAAUCUGUCCUUAAAAGUGUCUCUCUCUAUAUCUGCCAGUGCAGAACCAAGAAAUGCAUUAAUACCAAUCGGCUGUUCGUCCUGUGCUUAUAAAACCAUGUACCCCGAGGUUCUGAUGAUGCACAAGAAGCUGACGCACAAAGAGAAGUCAGACGGGGCAAAAAGGAACAGUAGUGUGAAGCAAAAGCGCUACACAGGUUGCCCCCCUGCUCUUGAGGGAAAAGAUGUCACCCCACUUCCCAUGAUUGAUCGCCGUCACCCUCGUCGAACCAAAUCCCCGCCUCCUCAACCUGCAAAACAAGAAAAGACGCCAGCUAACCCACCUAAUGGUCCUAAGCAGUCCGCAAUCCAGGCACCUUCACAGGAUGUCCAUGAAACCCAGCGUCACAGACUUGAUCCACAUCCCAGUCAGGAGUCCUCCAGGUUUACAGAGCUAAUGAGGAAGUCAAACGCAGGUGCCAAACUUCCCCUGGAUCACCUCCCCCCUCCAGAUCGAGUGGGAAUCGGCGAGAGGAGCUACCCAGUGAGGAGCGGCGUCAUCUGGCACGCGGACGCCGCGAGGCUCUGCCUCUCCAGCCGCUUCGGGAGCCUCCCCCAGAUGGAUUUUGGAGAACCUUCCACCAAGAGGUUAAAGUAUGUGGUGCCUUCAGGAAGGGCAGCUGAGAGCGGUGAGAAGCCCGUCUUCAGAGGGGCAGCAGGGGACGGAUCCAACAGGCUGCUCAUCUCAGGGAGAAGUGUGAUCACCACGCCACAGGGGCAGAGCACACCUGCCGUUUCUGACACUUUGAAAACAACACCUUCAGCUAUGGGAGGGUUGGACACUGACUGGAGCAUGAUGAACCUCCUGCGCCCCUACACAGCCAAUGAACUGGCCUCGCUCUACCACGGGACGCCAGGCAACAGCAGUCACGGAGGCCUGACCAACCCGAGAGCAGGGGGCAGAACUGUGCUGUACCAUCACUUACCUACUCUGCCCAACCUGCAGAGGAGAGACCCCUCAGGCCCCUUCCCUAACCAGCGCUAUGGGACCACUGACAAAAGUACCUAAAGUGGCACCAAGGUAAAAAAAAGGUGAAAGACUUUGAAGUGCAAACGACGGGGGCUUUCUUGUUUUUUUUCAAACCUGUACCAGAACCUUUAAAAAUCUCUCUGGUACUCGGUUUAAUGUAUCAUAUUUGAAAAAGUAUUUCUUUCUUCUCUUUAGAUUUAAACUGUGCUGCUACCUUAUUUUGGAGAACUUCUUUGAAAAUUAGUUGAAUAUACACGUUUAAGAGAGUUGGUCUGUGCUAAGUGUUUUUUGUUUGUUUUUUUUCAUUCAAGGAAAGUUGGGCUGUAAAACAUUUCAGGGCUGAGGUCUUAAGUUGAAUAUUUUGUCAGAUAUAAAAGGUGCAGAUAAACUCUCCUUAAAGAUAUGAUUUCACUGGUGUGCACUGGGAUAUUCCUUUUUUCAAAACGUUCCUGAAUCCAUAAUUGACCUAGUUCUACUCAGUUAUCUGUAAAUGUCUAUGACAUAACAUAAGUGGAAUAUAUCUGUUAGCUCUCAGUACAUCAAAUUCUGUUAAAUAAAAAGGUAUGAAAUAUGAUUUGUGUUAAAGGCGACAGUUCAGAACUAGUCUUAUUUCCUCUCCAAGGCACUGAAGGGUGUGUGUGGGAUUUCCUUUGGAAUAACUUGACGGCUUCGGCCACACAAACGAGUCCUGUGUAUGUUGAAGCGGUCUACCUCAUGUUGUGCUCUCAACACUGUUAUAUUUGCAAAGCUGCUGUAGCUAUCAUGUCAGCCGGGCCUCCGCGCAGACAGCGGACACAUGUUCUGAGUUAGCGUGUAACUAGAUGGACAUGUGUUCGUCAGGCACCGCGUUAAACACACACAUCUGGCGACGGAGCGAUCGAACCCGUGGCUCGUGAUUUACUGUGACACAAUUCUGGUUGUGAAAUCUUUGAUAUGCUCGGUAUAAACUGAGCCCAGUUUCAAACGCAGAACAGAUUUUGUGGCUUUCAUCAUCUGCUUCAGCGGUGCCUUGAAUCCAUAAGCUGUCCAGGGUUCUGUUUGUGUAUUAAAAGCUCAUGGCUGUAUUAUUUGGACUGCGUGUUUAGUCUGAGAGUUUCUCAUGAGUUGCUCCAGUUUGCUUACCUAAAAACAAAAAUGCAAAAAGCCGCCUUGUUCAUAUACGGCGUGUUAUAUUCUACACUGUGAACAGAGUCUCAGGUGAACUCGUAUUUACAAGCUGUUAAGUCUUCUUUGUGAUUUAGUAUAUUUGUAUUUUCCACUUUGAAAGCCUUGGGUUAAAUUAUUUUUGUUGUUUGGUAUUCACAUUACAUGUGUACUUAUGUAAAAUAAAAAUAUUGUUUGAGAUUUGUAUGACACAUUUCAAUAAUAAAGUGAGAGGCGAACAACUGA